AUGCGUCCUAAUACAGUAAAAUUUACAGUGCGUCUAUUGGACGAUAUCGGGAACAAACACGUUCUUUGUCUGGUGGGCAACGUAGUGGAACUCGGUGCUUGGGACGUGGCAAAAGCAGUACCCAUGGACCUCGUCGACCACAAUGCAACUGAAAACAGAUGGUGCAGAAUGAUUGCGUUUGAAGCCAUGACCAACACUCUCGAGUACAAAUAUGUGGUAGUACACAAACAGACUUACGAACUCGUCUCAUGGGAAGGACUUCCAGGGAAUCGGAUACUUACAAUUGCAGCCCAAGGACUACAAAAUGUUGCAUUACGAGCUCCUUCAAGUCAGAGUUCGACGUACAUGACGUCACGUGCUCCGGUUCCUGGAUUACGUCAUGCAGAGCUUGGAAAUAAUGGACAUAUCAAUGGAUUUCAAGAGUGGCGCUGUUGUCGUACUAAUAAAGAGACAAACCCGUGGUGGGAAGUGGAUUUGGGACAGGAUUACGUCAUCUCUAGCAUUCACUUGUGGAAUGCCAUGACGUAUCAUGAACAAGCAAGACAUCCCAAUGGUCGUCCACCACGAACAUCCAAGUCAUCACCUGCGUCUCCAUUGUGGAUUUUCAUCUCAAAGGAGCCUUUGGAUCGUGGAGCAGAUUCAUUGAAAGAUGCACAAGCUAAAGCUGAGGUGGAUCCAUCUUGUGUGCGUGCCAUUGAGGUGGAAAACUUGUUUGGUAGUCGCGUGACAUCGCUGAAGUUUAGUUUAAUAAGUUUACGUGGUGGUGACAACUCAAACGGGGUCAAUGAUCCUCUUGUGCAAGCAUCAGAGCUUCCACCUGCUGAGGGACGCUACGUACGACUGCAGUGUGCUGGCAGCUCAUGCGCUUUGCAGUUUGCUGAGCUCGAAGUGUUCACGCAGGAUGUUGUAAACGACAACGAGAUACUACAGCAAGACAGUUCGUGCAUCACACGCGACGAUGGAUUCUACGGUGUUCCUACGGCUCUGGACGCAGAUCUGUGCGAGUAUGUUGAGAGUGGUUGGCUCGACCCUGCAGUCAAUGUGGCGGAGUUAAAGGUAUGGAUUGGUAGCUUUGAUUCUGCUAAGCCAUCCAUCCAGUGGCUGGGUGGCGAAUCAGAGCACAGUCGUGUGGCGAUUGAGAUGCAAUUUGAAAAGCAAAUGACGAGUGACCAUCAAGGAGGGCAGAACACUUUGUGUCAGAAGCAAAGCAAUGGUUCGAUUGUCAAAUGGGAGCCACUCCCCGUAGAGUCCAAAAGUGCAGCUUUGCUAGACAAAGAGUCAAUGGAGCUGCGUGAUCUUUUGAAAACACACCAGCAAAAGGAUGAUGCUGACUUGUCAGCAUACCUAAACAACGACCCGACACAUUUAAAAACAGGGUCAGCUGGAUUGUCCUGGCUUUUGAGAUUAGCAUUUGUGCAAUCGCUGGAGGAGUCGGACAUGAAGACUUUAUCUUGUCAGGUCGCUACACGGAAGUACAAGAAGGGCGACAGUAUCUUACAGUAUGCGGAACAAAAGCGUGCUGUUUUCUAUAUUACGUCGGGUGAGAUAGAAUUGCUUGGACCGGGAUCAUCGAUGGGUUCGAACCUCAUUGGAUCGCUUCAAAAGGAUUCUAUCUUCAAUGAGAUGGGAAUCUUUGGUGGUUGGUCUAAACAACCAGCAUUGUUUAAAGCGAAGGAUGAAGUGGUGUGCGAAGUGCUCGAGUUUGAGACUCUCCUCACAGUUCUGGGAACGAGCAAAGUAGCUUCCAUUCGCAACGGUUACACACGUAGCCGACACAAGGCGAUGUCUCCAUUCAAAAAGAAGGAGAUACACUAUCUGGACAGCACACAUGCCCAAACAUUCUGUGUCAAAGUACCUGUGUCCGCUGUGGACGGGAGCAGAAAUUGUACCAACGGGCUUCUUCGUCGCUGGACAUUUGAUGUUUACUACUGCCAGAAGGAUGCGCAGUCGGGCACCCCGACCAAAACCAAACUCUUGGGAUCAGCUUAUCUUCUUUCGUCGCAGAUUGACAAGCAGGGGGAAUCGGACCUAACUAUCCCGAUCUUUUCCGUCAAAAUGGAUAUUGUCGGUCAGCUCUCAUUGGCAUACUUAGUUUUGACCCCUUUCGUCCACCCGAAAAACAACAUCGCAAAUGUUUGGCGCUCCUACUGGCGCGAACGGCCUCCGCUUACAAUUGGGCAUCGAGGUAUGGGAAGGUCAUAUUACCAGGUGGACGGAUAUCGUCUCGCGUUGAUCCGUGAAAACACACUGGCGUCGUUUAUUUUGGCUGGACGGAGUGGUGCAGAUUUCGUGGAAUUUGACGUCCAACUGACAAAAGACAGGGUGCCAGUGGUCUACCACGAUUUUACGGUGAAUGUUGCUUUUGAAGACAAGAGCGCAGGAUCAUUAGGUACAAAACCCGAGAUGUACGAGAUUGGCAUUCAUGAUAUAUCGUUUCGCCAACUGACGCAGUCUCAUACGACCCCAGUACCGCACAAGAAAAGCAAGAACCAAGUGUUGCAAAACCGAGUAAAAAAACAUUGGGCACGACUUCAAGGAGACAAGCAGGUUCCAUCACCAAUACGCGGACCUUUCAAAGAAGACAACAGCAUUGCUACCGAAGAGGACCAUCUGGUAGAAUUCUUUCCCCGACUCGAAGAUUUGCUUGUGCAUGUUCCUGUGGAAGUCGGUCUGAACAUUGAGAUCAAGUACCCAGAUAAGUUAUUGCGUCCAGCGAUGCACAGCUUAAGUAGCUUCGCCAUCAACGACUACAUCGACAGGGUCCUCCAGUGUGUUUUUGACUACGCCGGCUCGCGUCGUAUCUUCUUUUCGUGCUUCAACAUGAGUGUCUGCGUCGCACUUCGCGCAAAGCAGGCCAAGUACCCUGUCCUCUUUCUGACGUAUGGCUCUAUGGCUCCGAAUGCAAUGGAUGCGCGCAUGACGCUUCAAUUUGCCAUUAACUUCACCAAAAUGGAAAACUUGCAGGGUAUUGUGUCGAACUCCAGCGCGUUGAUCGAGACACCGGAGCUUAUACCACUUGUAAAGAAAUAUCUCGGCACCGUGCUUAUCACGUGGGGUGACCAGAAUACGAAUCAUGAAAUGGUGCAGCUACAAAAACGUCACGCCAUUGACGGUGUCAUCAGCGACAAUGUCAUUGAUCUCCUAAAUCAAGACAAAAAACUGCUACAGCAUCUGGACUAA